AAGUGGUCGUUGUCGUCGGUCGCUGACGUUAAAACUACGAGACAAAAUUGUUUUUCUUUUUCUAAAAAUUUAUUUUAUAGUUCAUUUAUAUAUUUUGAAAAAAAACAAAAUAUACAAAAAUUGCAAACAAAAUGCCAUGAGAAUUUUACUAGGCACAUGGCAGUGCAGCAAUAACGGAAGUGGGAAUUGUUAAAGCAAAUUAGCAAAAUGGAUUCGUGACUUAUGGCAAAUUCGUUGUUCUAACAAGAAAUUCGUCUGCAAUUUACGAUGAGGGAAAAAUGUAUGCGGCCAAAGCAACAGCAACAACAACGACAAGAGGCAGCAAAAGCAAAGUAAUGCAUGAAGUAGAAGUGAGUGAAUGCUGUUUCCACCAAACAAAAAAAGCAAUAUUCUUGCCAAAGUUCCUGUAUAACACAAACCGAUAAUAAAAACAACAACAACAAAUGCAAAAACGCCGACCAAUAAUAUAAAAUUGGCCAAGAUAUCAUAUCGUCAAAAAAAAGAAACAAACCACGGGGAAAUUACGAAAAUUCGGCCACCCAGUUUAGAAGGAGACAAGGCAAAGCGACAGCGACAAAAGCAGCAGCGACAACGGCAGCAGCAGCCACUGUCACAGUCGCAGCAGCACAGUGGUACAUUUGAGCAAGUGGAAUUUAAAUAAACAACAACAACCCAAAACACACAUACACACACAAAUACGUCGUCUUUUAACAAAUUAUGGGCUGUGGACAAAGUAAAAUUCAUCUUUAUCCUCGAAAAUCGAAAAGUAAAGCGAACGGCAAGAAAGGAGGACAUGGAGAUUCAGAAGCAGAAACAGACGAAGAAGAAGGCCAUAUCGAAGAUGCGGAAAAUCGUGACCGUGAACGAAAUGAUGAAUCAGAAGAGAAUAGCAAUAAAGACUCUGGGGAUGCGGAUGAAGAAGUUUCUGUAUCGCUGCUGCGUGCAAGAAACCUGUCUCUGUUACAAAGCCAGGAGAUCUCCAGUAGUCAACAGAACUUCUUCCGUAUGCUUGAUAAGAAAAUCGAGGAGGGACCGGACUAUGAUUCGAACAGUGAGACGGAAAUAGCCUUGGAAGAAGCCCGUUUAAAUGCCUUGGUUCAGCAUUGGGAAUCGGCCAGUUUAACGGCUUCCAUGUGUUCCUCGGCCAGUCGUUCACUGCAGACCACACCAGUGCGACAGACCCCGGCUAAACAGUUGGUCCAGGCGACGCCAAGGGCAUUGCUGACGACGACGGCCAUACCACCACAAGUUCUAAACUCAGAGUUUCUACCUCAUCCUGGUGCACCAUCAGCGGGUGCAGGUGGCACACUGAAACUUACGCCUAGUAAGCAAAUAACCAUUCCUCAAAUGAACUCGGGCAUGCUGCACCAGAUCUCGGUGAUGCCCCAGAUGCCAUUGGGCAUAAGUGCCGUGGAGACGUCAACGUCGGCGAAUAUCGUCAACAUCAAUGCAAAUACGUCCAAUGCCCUGGCAAUUGUGCAGCAGGCAGCAGCAAAUCAAGCAACCAAUGCACAAACGGCGCCGCCACAGUAUAUGCUGGCCAUACCGACCGGGUCGUCGCCUCUCCUUGGCAAAUCUGGGCAGGUUAGUCCCAAGCGUUUGGUGGAUGGCCGUUUGUUGAUUAAUUCUAGUCCGUUAACACAACAGCAGCAGCAACAACAACAACAACAACAAAUGCAACAACCCCCGCCGACCAAUCCCAUACACCAGCAGUUUAUGACCGCUGCCCCGCCAAAUCUACAACAAACACCACUCAAUUACGUCAAUGGAGGACGAGCGGCUCCUCAAUCGGCUGUAAACAUGCAAUUGGCAUAUUAUGGUCAAACGGCCACCAUGCCGCCAACACCACAACAGGCAAUGCAACAUCAUCAACAACAACAACAGCAGCAGCAGCAGCAACAAUACGGAGAUGUGAUAGUACAGCAACAACAACAAUAUGAACAGCAACAACAACAACAACAAACUCCACAUGGCCAAACUCAAACAUCAUCAUCAAUGUCAUUAUCAACCUCUUCCGCUACAUCAUACUAUGGUGAUGUGGUACAUAAUGUUCAGACGUCAAAUACUGAAUAUAGGUUCCCACCUGCCAUAAGUGUGCAACGUUUGGCACCUCAGGUCCAGAGGCAGCUACGCGAAACACAAGAACUUAUUAAAGACUCGUGUCCACAGCUCUAUGCGGCUGGUUACGGCAGUCCCGGGCCGCCAUUACGUAAUCAAGCGGCCGUCAAUGCGCGUAAUCAUCCCAAUAGCCGAAGACCUACCCUGGACACACAAUUCUCGCAGGAGCUCUCGUGAUAUAGUGUGAACAAAUAACUACACCAAUAACAACCAUAACAACAACAACAACAGAAUCAUAUACUAUAAAUACAACAACAAGCCAAACUUUGCAUAAAAAAAAACAAAACAUACACACACACAUUCAAGAAAAUUGAUAUAAUCACAACUGAAGGAAAAAACAAAAACUAAGCGAAGAAAAAACCCAAAUUUAUAAAGCAUACAUACAUAACUACCUAUAUGCAUACAUCUAUACAUACAUAUGUAUAUCUAGAUCAUUUAGAAGGUUGAGUCGAAACAAAUAUUAGCUGGGGUAAAGCUGGCUUCCAAACAUAAGCCGGGAAUUCAGCCAAGUGCGCAGUAGUGAGUGCUAGAUAGUGGUCGCCCCUACCCCAACAAGCAUUGCGAUGUGUACUUCAAAACAUUCUCACAACGUUGCGUUACGGAUUCAAUAAUUAAGCAAUCUCUGUAAGCCGAACAUAGACAGUCUACACAGUAAGAAAAAGUGGGUGGAGCCAAAUGAAAAGAGUUUGAAGCAGAACAUGAAAAUUUUUCGACAUCAUGCGACGACGCCCCCAUUCAAUCAAUUGAUCCAUUUUAGCAUUUAAAUAUACACCAACCAGCAACAACAACAACAACAAAAUAUUUUCCAGAUACAUUUGUACUAUGCAUCAUCCUAAACGCCAAACGCAUCUGUAUCGCCGUUUAACAUUUCGAGUGUCACUGUGCACACUCCAAAGAAGCCGCCACCGUCGCCGCCCUUUUCUACAAUU